UAUGCGAGUUGCACCGGGACUGAGAGCACGUAUUCAACCUUGUGAUAUGAUUGCAGGUGGAUAACCGUCCAUAAUUGCCACUUUACUCGUUGAGAAGUACGUCGUGUCAUCUGUUGCUCAGAUACAUCUUAUUUUAAGGAGAAUCGCCUCGCAGCUGCUGGUCGGUCCCCUCGCGGAGUAACGGAGGACAUUUAAAGCCCGUAAUGUUCAAUCCACACAUCCAUCAGCAUCAGCAUCAGCAUCAGCAGCAGCAGCAGCAGCAGCAGCAGCAGUUUCACCAACACCUGCGGCAGCUACAACAACUUUUCCAGCAGCAGCCUCCGCCUCCUCCACCUCAGCCACCUCCGGGGCACCAUGUCGGUCAUCACCACCACCAGGGACAGCGAUCCAUCCCUGGUGCUCCCCAGGCAGCCCCUUCCCCCAGGAUGAUCAACAUGUGCCAGACCACCCAGACUACUAUCAUGGGCCCCAAUCCCAUGAUGCAGGGGGCCCUAUUGAUGCAACAGAUGCAGGGUAACAUGCGAGGCUUUAGGAUGGGUGGACAGCAGUUCCGGCAGUUCUUCACUGCUGGAUCCAGGUCGUCUCUGCUCGGGCCAGUUCCCAUGGGAAUGGCCAUCAAGUCCCCCAUGAUGAGAUUCCCAGCUUCUCGACAGUACCACCAGCAUGGUCGUUACUACAACAACAACAACCACCACAACCACCACAACAACAUCAACAUCAACACUGCAUCAGUCUCUACCUCCUCGUCUUCCAUCACUUCCGCAGACACUGCAGCUCGCCAGCCAGACAGGAAGAGGGACAGCGAGCAGAUGGCAGCAGGGAGCACAGACGACCAACCAGCUGCUAGCAGUACUGAUGAAGCCACUGGCGAGACUAUCGCAGAUGGUGCUGUAGGAGGAGUGGAUGAACCCGCACAGCCCUCCGAGGAGCAAUUUGAAGAACCUGUAGUUAAGAAGCAGAAGACCGAUGGGUCAGAGGAACCCGAAGUACAAUGUGUUGUUCAGACUGUCACCAUUGCAGAUACAGAUGGUGAAAUUCUGUCUUUAGGGUCUAGCAGCAACACAGACAGUCAGCCUGAAGACUGCCUCCUUCUGGAAGAAGGGUGCUCCACAGGGGGAUCAGAUGUUGUGGAGUCGCUGGAGGAGAGCAGAGCUGCUGAGUUGGACAGCUGCUUGUUGUCCCCGUCCCCAUCUGGCAAGCUGAGUGAGGAUGACCAGCAGGUUGAUUUACACUCAGAGGAGAUGCCACAUGGCAAAGUUGCCCCUUUGGUUUCAUCUGAGAACCAAGAAGAGGAGGAAGGCGAGGACGGUGCCGCGGAGGGCAACAACAAGUUCUACUGCUAUCUCUGCAGCAUUACCUGCCACAACCAGCAAAACUUCAGGAGUCAUAUGAGCAGUGUCUCCCACCAGCAAAGGAUGAUGGAGAUCCAACACAUGAGCAAUGCUUGUCUGGUCACCCUGCUGCCACGAGCGCAGGAGUCUCUACAGGAAGCCAACAAAGAUGGAGAAAAGAGGCCCGACUCGAAGCACUGGUGUGCCAAGUGUCAGACCAACUUCACCAGUAGCAUCACGGAACACCGGCGCACCGAGGAGCACAAACUUGCCAGCAGAACAGCCAUCUCCUCCUGCACAGUCUGCAAGAAACACUUCAGGACCACCCAGACAUUUGUGGAGCACUUGCAGUCCCAGGAGCACAGACAGAACCUGGAGACGCUCCAGGAACAGGAGGGCUGUGCGCUGGACACAGACGGCUUCUCAUUGGAAGAGUUGGAGUGCAGUGACAUGGGGGAGGACAGACUGACUGAACGGGAUGACUGGUCCUGUCUUGAAGAAGUGACUUUAAAGGACAUGGCCAGUGAUGAGCAGUAUGACUCUAACACAGUCUACGGGUCCAGUUUUUUGGUUCCAGUAGCAGGUUUUAUCUGCAGACUCUGUAACAAGUUCUAUAACUUUGAAUCUUCUGCCCUCCACACCCACUGCAAAACAAUGAAGCACUUCGAGAACCUCAAGAAGUACAGCGAGUUGCUGAGUCAAAAGAAGGAAGCUGUUGAAUCUUCCAGAGAGUCUCUCCUAGCUGCAGACAGUCUCAGGCCAAUAACAGAAACCACCACAGACCAACCACAGAAUUCCCUCUCUGAUGAAACUGGUUUGGUGACAAACCUAAACUCCAUGCAGCCUAUCGUUGCACUCAGCCAAGUGGUCAUGAAGACAGAAAACCAGCAACAGGAGGAGGAAGCAGAACCUGAGCAAGACUCGCAGGACUCCAUCAGCAUCUCAGCGACUAGCACAGGCAACACAGAGCAAGAGCUCAGCCUCGACAUGAAGGCGGAAGAGAGUACACCCCAGGUGUCUGUGGUUCUGGAGAGUCCAGCUGAACUCCCUGCUGGUAGCGGAGAGGAGGCAGAGGCCGAGAUAAAGGCCGAGCCAGAGACCGAGAUAAAGGCCGAGACAGAGAUGGAGGCCGAGACAGAGAUGGAGCCGGAAGCAAAGGCCGAGAUGGAGCCGGAAGCAAAGGCCGAGACAGAGAUGGAGCCGGAGGCAAAGGCCGAGGCAGAGAUGGAGCCAGAGGCAAAUAUAGAGACAGAGAUGGAGCCGGAGGCAAAGGGAGAGGCCGAGCCAGAGAUGGAGCCAGAGGGCGAGGCAGAGGGCGAGCCAGAGACAGAGAUGGAGCCAGAGGGCGAGGCAGAGGGCGAGCCAGAGACAGAGAUGGAGGCCGAGCCGGAGACGGAGCCAGAGGCCGAGGCAGCAGUUGUUGAGGAUGCGCAUGUAGAGGAAGAGGAGAAGGACGCUCCUGCUGUCCUCGCUAAAAAGAAGGGGUGGGAAAUUAACGCCGGACGGCUGUCGCAUACAUGGUCAAUCAGUGACAGGUGGGUAAGUAUCUUAAUGUUGGCUCUGUGAGAGGAUUGUUGCUCCUGAGUAGUAUAAUUUCCAGCCUAACCUUUUUUUUUAAAGAUUUCAGCGAUCAGAAUGAGAUCAUUAAAAUGUAAGUGCAUGUAGCUCAGAACCAACCCUUUUUCUUCCAUUGUUACUAAUUUGUAAAAACUGCAUUAAUGUUUCCUGAAAUAUUAAAAUGUAAAUGAGAAACUGUCGUGGAUACCCACUAAAAAAAACACAUCACCAGGUGAAACAUACUGUGUCCCAAUUCCACAAUUUGAAAUGUAAACCGGUUCUGAGCAGGUAGCGUGUUAAAUUGAUAGUGAAGCCUACUCAAACAAGUAAUUUGCACCAAUCUGCCGUAAUGCAGUCCAUUGUGAAUAACAAAUAGAAUUUUGGGUAAAGCGGUUUUGUUAGUCGCCUUGUAACAACGACCGGGUGGAUUGCCAUGUGAGUUGAUGCAGACACUCCUCUCGGUCAGGAUGGAUUGUAGUUACUUCAGACGCCCCUUCACUUUCCAUCUAGCGUCGUCAUCAGAUCUAAAUUUCAAUUUAUUAAUGCUGUGUUUAGAUGGUGAACAUGGUAAACAUUCUACAAACUUUAACAGCCACAUGUUGACCUGAGGUUUCGGCUCAAAGCGCCACGAUGCUGAAGUUGAACCUCACGCCGCUGUGAGCAUGGCUGAAAACUUGUUUGUAUAAUAUUUGCAAAAGCAGUACACCACCACACUCGUACUGUAUUCAAGUAGAAUGGGAUUGGGACACAUGGAUGUUAAAUUAUAGAAGCUAAAUGAGCAGAUUUAAUAUAUACAGUAUUUAAGGGGUAUGAAGAGUUUUCUAAGCAUGCAAGAAAAAAGGAAAUAUGAGAAAUCUAUAUUUGUUAGGUUAGCUGCAAGAAAAAAUCUGAUUUCUUUCCCCUAACUUUCUAAUAUACUAAUUAACUAUUAAAAUGGCUGGAAUUGCUUCUGGCCCUUAAAUUAAGAUGGGUUUAAGAAAAGAAGGGGCUGGUAGAUCUGUCUACAAGUCUGUGAAACUGGCUCGCCAAAGUUAAUUUCCCACCCUGGUGUCCUCAAGGAUCAGAAGGUUAAUUGUCAGAUGUUUAAUUAUCUAGCCAGCUAGAUGAAACGAUAAUUAACUUCAUAUAAUCUUUCAACAUUGCUCACAACUUGGCCCCUGCUUAUAGCAAGCUGAACUGUAGACUAAUGGAUUGACGUAUUGGAGCAGGUGGUUUAAGGAAAGUGUUGGGAUAGGACUUUGGCUCGAGUUCUGAGAAAUGCUGAACCCUGAAACUGAUCAUAGCUUUGUUCAAGGCAUCUCAUUAUCCGUUUUAUUUUUUGACAUUUUGGGUUCCAGUUGAUGUUGUGUACGGAGCACAAUAUGUGUCAGCAGCUGUGGCCUUCUCACUGAACUUGUCAGAAUUUGGAAAUGUUUUUUUGUAUAAUUAAAUGUUUAAAAUGUGUUUUGGUUUCAACACUAUCUCUAGGAGCUGGAUAUCGUAUUGAGCACCGAGCAACCGUCUAAAAACCCUUUUACAUCUGCGCACCGUCAUGUGACAAUUGAUAAAGAAGCCCUUGUGUUCAUGAAACGUGCUCUAAAAUGAUGUUCAGCUCAAAGCUGCAGUGUGCGCUUUGCUUAUUCUUACAUUUGAAAGCUCGUCAGUCAAGGCGGGACUUUUGAAAAACAAAGUUCCUUCCAUUUCCUUUGACUUACAGUGCUGUUAGUAGUAGUAGUUGCUUGUUUCUUCGAAUUUACCAUGGCAUUGAUUUGUAUUAAUGUUUUGUUUUGCACUGGAUAGAUGGAAUCACAGUUGACUUCAUGGAAGGAAGAGAAAUCAUGGAACGUCUGUUGUGAGCUUCAAACUCUUGAUUUUGAGCAGCAGUCGCACAGCAAAUUAUCCCAGUUGCCGAUUCUACAAAUGCAUAACUCUAGUUCCGGCAUUAACGAGGCUUCAAGGCUAGUGUGCUGUUCUGGAUACAUUUCAUCCUCUGUAUUAGAAGGAUAUUUUAAACCACCAAAGCGGUUGUCUGAUGCAUGUCGAAACUUUUGUAGUCCUAGUGGCAACUGUCACAGGACUAGUACUGCGUCAUCUCCUGUCUGAAGGAACGAGGCAUGAAGCUAUUCUUUGAGAGCAGGAGGGAGAACAUGACAUGUAAAGGAUCAUUUCAAACACAGCUGUUUGUUUCUUAAUGUAUUUUUAUUCCGCUACUGACUAAAUUGAGAUGAACAAACAGGUGUUGUUUUCUAACUGCUGGAAGUUGUAUGUAUUUUGGGGAUUUUUUUUUGUUUUUUGUUUUGGGGGGGGUCAUUUUAAUUUCUAUUAAAAUGUCAAUUCCCACACUGA